CCAAAUUCAAAUGGGAACAAGAUUUGGGGUCGGAUACUAUGCCUAUCCCCAAAGGGUUGACUUUUUAACACCCCCUUUAUGAUUGACUAAUUUUAUUUUUAAUCAUUGACAAGUAUUAAUUAAACUUGUUUUUUAUUUUUUUAAUCUUGUAAUUUUGGUUCUCUCACCCACAUUGGAAAGAGAAAGAACUUGGGGAACGAGAAAAAAGCACCCCCCAAAUGUGCAAUUAAUUGCCAUUUUUGUCUUUCUUUCGUCUCCUUUUCUCUCCAUUUGGACCCCCUGUCCAUUUUGAUUUCAUUUUCACCAGAAGCCUCCUGUACUCUGAAAUGACCAAAACCCUCCCCCAUUUUCAUCUUCCUCUUCCUCCCGUCGCCGCCACCACCCCUCUCCGCCCUCUUCAUCCACGCCUUCCACUUGUGCCGCCUCCAUCCCUACAACCGCCGUACUCCUCCUGCGUCUCCCCCCAUCACCAUCCUCCUAUCUCCAUCCGCCGCCGUCCUGGGAUCGCCUCUGACCUAUCGAGUGGGUUGCUUGCCGUCGGAGGACAAGACGCAAGGUUAUCAACGAAGAUCAAACAUAUGAAGGCCACACCGAGAGGGAAGACGGAUCCAACAUUCCGCGCGACGAUUCUCGACAUGCCAAGAACGACGACUCUUGUGCAACAUCAAAUGAUGGGGGUGAAGACGAGAUCGGACUCUCAUCCCGAACGCAGGAGGGAUUGAUGGCCACCGAAAAUAAACCCGCCAGAGAUGAAGAAUAACAUGGAGGGCGGCGGGAGGUUGUUACUUACGGCUCCCUGUAUUGAAGUUCAACUCUACAAUGUCUAGGAGACGUCGGUACUGUCGUGAACAUGUACCACUGAUCUGGUACAUGUACCACUGACCUGAUACUAGUAUGAGUGCAACUAUUCAAGCCAUACUUUCAACACCAAAAUGUUACAACCCACUUGUAGUGUUAGAUAUAUUGAACUUGUACCAUUAGCAAAAUUGAAACUCAUCCUAAAUGUUGCCAUUGCAGUGUUCGAUAGACUUUGGAGUGGUACCAUUGAAAUGGUACAUGUAUCACUGAACUGAUAUACUAGUGAACUAAUACAUGUACCACUGAACUGAUAUAUGUACAACCAAUAUGAUACGUAAACAAACAAGCAACUUCCCAUUGGAGUGGUACGUGUACCAGUGGAGUGAUACUGUUUAGGCUUAAAAAAAUUGACCCUACUUAAAAAAAUACGUGUACCAGUGGAGUGAUACUAUUUAGGCUUAAAAAAGGAAACGCACCAAUGGAGUGGUACGUGAACCAGUGGAGUGGUACGUGUACUAGUGGAGUGAUACUGUUUAGGUUUAACCAUAUGUCCUGUUUAGGCUUAAAAAAAUUGUGAAGGCUUUAUGUUUAUUCACAUUCGAAGGAUAAUUUAUUGCUUUUGGCAUUGUUGUUGGCAUUUCCCUAAUUUUGCAACCCAUUUUGGAACACAGUUUUUGGCUACUAAUGGAAAGUUCCUAUUUUGUUGACUGAUUGAAAUGUUUAUUGUGUUGCUUGUGCCAGAAUUAUAUUUCAUGAUCAAGUAAGUAUGAGUAUUGGUAUAUUGAGGACAGUCUUAAUUAGUACCAGUUCAGUGGUAUAAGUACCAGUUAAUUGAUAUGUAUACCAGUCUAGUGGUAUAAUACAAGUUUAGUAGUAUAUAUGUACCAAUGAAGUAGUAUGACUACCGCUAAAGUUGUGCGAAGACCAUUUCUAUUCUAUUACUCGUCGGCAAAGAUAUUUCCAUGAAAUUGAAAGAAGUUAACCAAUAAUUACGACAAAGAAAAAUAAUAAAUUCAAUUCCAAACUUCAAAAGCGGGGAGACCACAAUAUUUCCAUGAUGAUGUAUUUCUUAGUUGAGACCUAGCGUAUUGUUCCUUAUACUGGCUCUCACGACGCCAUUUUUUGUUGGUACCCGCACUCGAGGCAGGAGCUUGGCCUAUCUCAACUUUUACCGUUUCCUCUUUGUCAUGGCCAUUCCUGAGGUCAUUGGGUAGGAAGACAAUAAUCAGAAAUAUCAUUGAAGUGAUAGAAAUGUGAGAGCGAUAAGUAAGACAACUAGCCAUAAACAACUAGCGAUAAGUAAGACAACUCAAAACUGUCAUUGGAGUGGUACUUUUACUAGCCAUAAAAAACAUUAUAUACUACUUCGAUGAAAGACACACCUUCAACUAAUUGGAAACAGAACUACCAUUGAAAGUGGUACAAAUAUUAGCCACAAUAAACAUUUUAUAGAAAUACGAGUUCGAUAAGUAAGACAACUAUCACUGUAGUGGUAGAAUUACCAAUACAUCUUUGCACCUGCUGACUCCCUCCGAGCACCUGCAAAAAAGUACCACUACACUGGUAAGACAUGUCACUUCACUGGUACAAACACCACGAGAAUAAAAAGCUUAUCACUGAUAACGUUCAACAGAAACUCAAACAGUGGUAGAACUACCAUUGCAGUGGUAACAUUGCACCGGUAUCAAUACCAGUACACUGGUACUAAUACCACAUGAAAAAAUCCAUACCUAGAAACUCAAAGACACAUAUCUGGGUAAUGAAAAUACCAUUGAACU